AUUUUGGUGAGCUCAACCGGAUGUCGUCUUCUCGCUCUUGCGCCCUUGAUGCCACACUUCCCGCGAUAGAGUCAGGAAACAGGCAGAGCCGUGCCGUGCCGCGGCUGCAGUUCAACACAGAGCUUAACCCGGUGUCUCCACGCAGAGCUUAGCUUUCAAUGAGGAUGGAAGAACAGAUGAAGAGGACAUCUUCAGUCGGAUAAAACCCCGAGACUGGCUAAACGUGCGGCUUUCAGUUGGGGAUCACCUGGGAGCGUCCGUUAGGAGCGCAGAGACCUGUCAUGGUUGUCACGGUGUUUCUGGGCAGGUAAACGAUAGCAGGCAGCCUGGCUAACAGCGCAGCUAGUCACGCAGCAGGGAGCUAGCACAGGUAACUAGCAGCUGCUCAGUUAACAAGUUGGGUUUGAUGAACUUGGAAAAGCCCAUGGAUUAUAUCUUUACCGAGAAAAGUUUAAACUCUCCUCCUGAACAAUCGUAAACCCUUUGUAUUGUCUUGAAGGCGCACACACCCUUUGAUUGUCCUGAAAGUGCAGCAGGUUUGAUUGACAGCUUGUCAAUACGCGUGAUCCAGAUGUGGAGCCAGCUUGAAAACUCUUCCUAGCUUCUAAGUGAGCGCCGCCACAUCUGCAAGACUGGCUUCAGACCAGGAAUGGCUGCCUGGAGGAAACUCUUCACCGGACUCAACUGCAUCAACAAGCGAUGAAUUUGGUGUUGGCAGGCAGGCGUUGUUAGCCCGCUAAACUGAAGGCACAGAGAGGACUCAGCAGCCCACAUCACAAGGAGGGCUGUCCACUGGGUCAGACCCAAACGCAUACAAACACAAGGAUCGUUUGAAGGCGGAAGGAGGAAUGAAGAGGAGUGAGAACAAAAACAAGAGGAAACUCUGUAACAUGGAGCAGCAGCUCAGCGGGGGAGAGGACAGGGAUGCGAGGGAGUUUGCCGCUCCGCCUCCUCUCCUCUUCAGGAAGCUGAGUAACCCCGACCUGUCGCCAGCAGCCACCGCUGCUACCAAAUCCAAACUGCACCGACAGCUGAGCCAGGACGAGAGCUGGGCCCGACGCAGCAGCCUGGCCAUGACUGGUAAACAGCUGCUGCCCCUGUCCAGCAGUCUACAUGCUGGGGUCAGUCAGCUGGCCUGGCAGGGGCCUUCUGGAGGAUUUGGAGGGCACGGGGUCGCAGGUGGAGUGUCUGCUGGAGCAGGUGAUGGGAACAACCUGGUCCGUAUGAGGAGCCAAACUUUGGGACAGUCUGCACCAUCACUCACUGGACUGAAGGAGCUGAGCCUUCCCAGAAGAGGCAGCUUAAUCUGGUCGCCGGCUCAGCUGCGUUGCCACGGCAACAGCAGCCUCCUCCAGCACCUGCUGUCCCCCGUUUCUUUUCAUCCCUCCGUCGUUCAGCCCCCCGUCGUCACCCUCUGCCCCUUCUCCUUCCCCUCCACGCCCUCCACCUCCUCCACUCCCUCCCUCUGCUCCUCCGACGGCCCGCUGUCAGCCCCCGUUCACCAGCGAGGAAACCCCUUUCUGUGGAGCUGUCGGACGAGCAACAGGAAGAGCCUGAUUGUGACGUCCAGUACCUCCCCCACCCUGCCUCGACCCCACUCUCCUCUACAUGGACACACAGGUACCAGCCCUCUGGACAGCCCCCGAAACUUCUCCCCCAACACAGCUGCACACUUCUCCUUUGUUCCUGCUCGCAGCCACGGACACAGGGCUGACAGGACGGAUGGCAGACGCUGGUCUCUGGCCUCGUUACCUUCCUCUGGAUAUGGCACCAACACUCCCAGCUCCACAGUCUCGUCCUCCUGUUCAUCUCAGGAGAAGCUGCACCAGCUGCCUUUCCAGCCCACACCGGACGAGCUGCACUUCCUCACCAAACACUUCAGCUCCGAGAGCAUCACGGAUGAGGAGGGACGUCGCUCCCCCGCCAUGAGACCGCGCUCCCGCAGCCUCAGUCCCGGACGCUCGCCCAUCUCCUUCGACCAUGAGAUCGUGAUGAUGAACCAUGUGUACAAAGAGCGGUUCCCUAAGGCGACGGCUCAGAUGGAGGAGCGUCUGGCUGAGCUGCUCUCCUCCUCGGCCCCCGAUAAAGUCUGCCCGCUGGCCGAUGGGGUCCUGAGCUUCAUCCACCAUCAGCUGAUCGAGCUGUCCAGGGACUGCCUGGAGAAAAGCAGAGACGGCCUCAUCACCUCUCGAUACUUCUACGAGCUCCAGGAGAGCCUGGAGAAGCUGCUGCAAGAUGCUCACGAGCGGUCGGAGAGCGUGGAGGUCACCUUCGUCACACAACUCGUCAGGAAGCUGAUGAUCAUCAUCGCACGGCCAGCCCGUCUGCUGGAGUGUUUGGAGUUCGACCCCGAGGAGUUCUACCAUUUGUUAGAAGCAGCAGAGGGCCAUGCCAAGGAGGGCCAGGGUAUCAAGUCCGACAUCCCCCGAUACAUCAUCAGCCAGCUGGGCCUCACCAGGGACCCUCUGGAGGAAAUGGCCCAGCUGAGCAGCUAUGACAGCGGGAACCCAGAAACUCCUGAGACUGAUGACUCAGUGGAUAGUCGAGGAACCAAGGUCCCAUCAGCUCCACCUCCAACUAAAACCAAAACACCCAGAGAGGAAGACUUUGAGAACAUCAAACUCAUCAGUAAUGGAGCCUACGGAGCUGUGUUCCUGGUGCGUCACAAAGAAACCCGCCAGCGUUUCGCCAUGAAGAAGAUCAACAAGCAGAACCUGAUCCUGAGGAACCAGAUCCAGCAGGCCUUCGUAGAACGAGACAUUCUGACUUUCGCAGAGAACCCAUUUGUGGUGUCCAUGUUCUGCUCCUUUGAAACCAGGAGGCACCUCUGCAUGGUGAUGGAGUACGUGGAGGGAGGAGAUUGCGCCACGCUGUUGAAGAACAUCGGAGCUCUGCCUGUAGAUAUGGCUCGUAUGUACUUUGCAGAGACCGUCCUUGCGUUAGAGUAUCUGCACAAUUACGGCAUCGUGCACCGAGACCUCAAACCUGACAAUCUUCUCAUCACCUCCAUGGGACACAUCAAGCUGACAGACUUUGGCCUCUCAAAGAUCGGUUUGAUGAGUUUGACCACAAAUCUGUACGAAGGACACAUCGAGAAAGACACCAGAGAGUUCCUUGAUAAACAGGUGUGUGGCACUCCUGAGUACAUUGCCCCUGAGGUGAUUUUGCGUCAGGGCUACGGGAAGCCGGUGGACUGGUGGGCGAUGGGAGUCAUCCUGUAUGAGUUCCUGGUGGGCUGUGCUCCAUUCUUUGGAGACACACCUGAAGAACUGUUCGGUCAGGUCAUCAGUGAUGAAAUAAUCUGGCCGGAGGAGGAAGAAGCUCUGCCUCAGGAGGCUCAGGAUCUAAUCUCUAAACUGCUGAGACAGAAUCCUCUGGAGAGACUCGGCACAGGUAGUGCCUUUGAGGUGAAGCAGCACCCGUUCUUCACAGAGCUGGACUGGAACAGCCUGCUGAGGCAGAAGGCCGAGUUCAUCCCCCAGCUGGAGUCUGAGGACGACACCAGCUACUUCGACACUCGCUCUGAUCGGUACCAUCACAUAGACUCAGAAGAUGAGGACGACACUAAUGAUGAAGAACACGUGGAGAUCCGACAGUUCUCCUCCUGCUCACCUCGCUUCAGCAAGGUGUACAGCAGCAUGGAGCGUCUGUCUCUGCACGAGGAGAAGAGAACUCCUCCUCCCACCAAACGCAGCCUCAGCGAGGAGGGAGGAGACCGAGUCGACAGCCUGAGCGGACUCAAGUCCAGAGAUCGAUCCUGGCUGGUCGGGUCUCCGGAGAUCCUGAGGAAGCGUCUGUCUGUCUCUGAGUCGUCCCACACAGAGAGUGACUCCAGUCCCCCGCUGACAGUCAGGAGACGCUGCUGCUCAGCCAUCAUUGAGAUGCCACGCUUCGCCAUCUCCUCAGAGGAAGAAGGAGGACAAGCUGGAUGUCGUAAGAGCCCCAGUCUGUUUGGGUCCUCUGUGGUGAGGGGACCUCGGAGUGAAGAGCUGCCCCUCGCAAUCCCAGAGCUCCCAGUUGAGAGAGAGUUGAAACUGGAUGAGUCACCCACCACACUGGGCUCCACAGGCAGCCAGUUGAGCAAGGCUGCACUUACACCGGGAAGUUCAGGUGACGUUUCUGACCGCGGAGGCAGAGGAAAUGGUAACGGUGUGGCUACUGGAGCUGUUAAGGCAUCAGCAGACAGCGACUCUCCAUCAACUCCGAGAGCGAUCAGUGACCUGGCGAUCCGUAGGGCUCGCCACAGACUGUUGUCUGGUGACGCAGACAAGCACGCUUCAACGCCAAGCUCCAGACCACUCAACAAAGUCAUCAAGUCGGCGUCUGCCACCACACUGUCACUGAUGAUCCCUGCAGACCACCAUGUAGCCUCCCCAUUGGCCAGCCCGAUGUCGCCGCACUCACUGUCGUCCAAUCCUUCAUCACGGGACUCCUCCCCAAGCCGGGAUCUGUCCCCUGCUGUGACCAACAUCAAGCCCGCCAUCGUGAUCCACCGAGCGGGAAAGAAGUACGGCUUCACCCUGAGGGCCAUCAGAGUGUACAUGGGAGACUCAGACAUCUACACGGUGCACCACAUGGUCUGGCAUGUAGAGGACGGCGGCCCGGCUCACGAGGCGGGGUUGAGAGAGGGGGAUCUGAUCACACAAGUUAAUGGAGAGCCAGUGCACGGUCUGGUUCACACAGAGGUGGUGGAGCUCAUACUGAAGAGCGGUGCCAAAGUGUCCAUCUCUGCCACUCCGUUUGAGAACACGUCCAUCAAGGUAGGCCCCGCCCGGAAAACCACCCACAAGUCAAAGAUGGCGAGACGCAACAAGAAGACAAAGAACAAGGAGGGGCAGGAAAGUAAGAAGAGGACGUCUCUGUUCAGAAAGAUCACCAAACAGGCGUCUCUCCUCCACACCAGCCGCAGCCUCUCCUCUCUGAACCGCUCUCUCUCCUCAGGGGAGAGUGGCCCCGGCUCGCCCACGCACAACCUGUCGCCACGGAGCCCGACACAGGGCUACAGGUCCACGCCAGACUCCGCCCACUCAGUUGGUGGAACCUCAUCUCAGAGCAGCUCUCCCAGCUCCAGCGUCCCAAACUCUCCAGCGAGCUCAGGCCACAUCCGGCCCAGCUCCCUGCAUGGCCUGGCCCCCAAGCUCCAACGCCAGUACCGCUCGCCCCGACGCAAGUCUGCAGGGAACAUCCCUCUCUCCCCUCUGGCCCGCACGCCCUCACCCACGCCUCAGAGCAGCUCUCCACAGCGCUCCCCCUCCCCCCUGCCCAGCCACGCUCUCGGACAGUCAGCAGUGGGUCAGUCAUUCCCCGUGAAGCUGCACUCCUCCCCUCCCCUGGUGAGGCAGAUUUCCCGGCCCAAGAGUGCGGAGCCUCCACGGUCUCCGCUCCUCAAGAGGGUGCAGUCGGCUGAGAAGCUUGCCUCCUCUCUCUCUAACUCCCCCUCGUCUCCCUCCGGGGUGGCAGCAGCAGGGGACAAGAAGCUGGCAGUGGGAGCAGCUGUGGGGAGCCGGAAGCACAGUCUGGACAUCUCUCAUUCAGAUUUCAAGAAGGAGAUUCUGCAGAGAGAGCCGACCCUGCAGAGCCUUCAGGAGUCAGCCAGUGAGGGUUUGCUGUCCUCAGGGGGACGUGGUGUGGAGAAGGGCAGCCUGCACAAACACUCUUCCUCCUCCAGGAAAUUAGGACGUCAGGAAGGGGAUGGCGGCCUCAGCUCGGUGUCGGGCUCUCUGGGUCUGACCCCCGGAAAGAGCAAGCUGAAGGACAAACUGUCCGCCAUCAGGCAGGACCGAGCCGAGCGGAGGGAGUCUCUGCAGAAACAAGACGCCAUCCACGAGGUCGAUUCGUCUGAGGACGAGACAGACGAGGGCUCCGAGGACAGCCAGGAUGGACGCAGGGGGACAACCUUCACCCCACCUCCCCUGCUGAGGCCCACCACUGUGAGAACGGGUCCUGGAGGCACCCUUCCCUCCCUCUGCCUCUCCCCCUGCACCCCCCACGCAACCUUCACCCACACAGGACCCUCCUCCAUAGGCAGGCCCACUCCGUCACACACCCUCCCCUCCGUUACAGAGAUGAAGCCCGCUCAGAGCGCCUCCUUACCCGGAGUAAAAACAGAGGACAGCUCAAGACAAGAGAGGAAGGUUCUGGAGCCGACUAGUACCACAAAACCCACUCAGGGCCCCCUCCCCUUCUCCACCCCGGGCAGUGCGUUCAUCUCAGUCAGCAAGGACACUUUCCUCAAGCCUACUCCUCCACAAGACUUCAAAACUCUGAGAGGAAAGACUGCACCAUCAGAUCCCAAGACAGAGGACAAAACCCAAGAAACCCCAAGAACCACAGCCCCCUCCACUACGACAAGUACAACUACCACCGACUGCGGAACCAAAACGAGCAGCACAGACUCCACAAGCACCACCAGUACUCCAGACUGCAGAACCCCUGACAGCCAGGAGACACCCCGUGCCUCCUGCUCCUCUCCAAGCAUCCCCAAGGAGAGGAAGGAGGCUGACAACCGGAGACUUUGUGCUGCUGCUGCUGCAAGUCUGACUGCCUCCUCCUCGCCCACUUCUGGCUCCAGCUCCCCGGUUUCUGCCCCUGAGAGCAGCAUGGACAAAGUAGUUUCCAAGCUUGCGACAGUGGCAAAAAGCGUCCUGGGUCCCGUCACACUCAGCACAGCUGCAGACAAAAGCGGAAAGGACCAGAAAGAAAGCAGAGGUGGAGUCCCAGAAGCCCAAACAACCAGCCUGCUUUCAUUCCCCAAACCGACCCCUCACCUGCCUCACCUGUCAGAGAGCUCCACCAAACAGAAAACUGAGCAGGUCGCCUCUUCUGUCACGUCUCAGAAGUUAGUCAAACCCUCCAUGCAGAAAGACUCUGCACCCCAGCCAUCAACCUGCAAAGACACUCCAGACAGGCCCACAUCAGGGUCUGCGGGUAAGGAGAACUCUGCUAAGCCUCUACCUGCACAGCGACUGGGUGCAGCAGCAGCAGCAGCAGCCGCUCAGCCUAGUCUAAACACAACUCCCAGCUCCUCCGAACCACAAACAACAACUGCCACCGACACCACCACUACCACCGCCACCACCAACGUCAGCGCUGUGUCUGCCUCCUCGCAACAAAACAAAGCAACCAGCAAGAAGACGUAGCAGCAAAACAAAGAGUCAAAAAACCAGAACAGAAAUGUACAGAUCACACAAAAACUCACACUGACUGCAUGUUCGGAGGAAAAUAUACAAGUAUCUCGGCACUUAUCAGAGAGAUUCAAAGAGAAAGAAUGCAGAGAGAGACGGCAGGCAUGGUCGUUCAGUCCAGCUGUUCUGUGCUCUUAAUGUUCAUGUGAGUUAUUUGGUGUCCUGACGUUUUGGUUUCUGCUGUCAGGAGUUUUCUUUUUCUGCAAACAUGUACAGGGCUAGAAAUAAAAAGCUGAGUGGUCCACGCACGUACGAUUUAAAAAAAACAAACAUCUCACACACACAGAGACACACACACACACACACACACACAGAGACACACACACACACACACACACACACACACACACACACUCUUCCCUCGCUCUUGAUCUUCUUCUCGUUACUCUUCACCUUGAUGUUUGGCAGAGCUCACACACAGACGGAUCAGGACGUGCCUUACUGAACCAGCUUUCUCCUCGUCCAACAUUUUCUCCUCCGCCAUGAUUGGAACAAAGAUUGUGUCACUGCAGUAAAGUUCAGAAAUCUGUGUAAAUGCAAUAGCAUGUAUGAUACAAAUCUGUUUUGCCGCACCUGCACACACCGCCAAAAGCAGAACCCAUCAAACUGAGCAUGCUCAGAAUGACUCUGUUGGACCGCCACCUCUUUAUUCCUAGCCCUCAUCAGCCUCUGCUGGCUGUCAUAGUUUUCUUUUGUAUCUGGACCAACUUGCUGUGUUUUGUUGCCUCUAGUCCUGUAAAGUUAUCUGACUUUACUCUGUACAUGUGUGUGUGUGUGUGUGUGUGUGUGUGUGUGUGUGUGUGUGUGUGUGGGAGCGAGUGUUUGUUCAUUUGUGCAUGGUUAUCUAUGUAUAUAUAUAAGAAUAUUUAAAGUUCUGUUGUGCAUCUGUUUUAUACUUUGAGUGUGUGUGUUUUAGGAUUAACAGGACACCCUGAUACCUGUGCGUGCGUGUGUGCGUACGUACGUGCGUAUGUGUGUGUGUGUGGGCUGAGCUCUCUCUAAUGUGUAUGUGUCAGGCGUCAGGCUUUGCACAAAGCACUAAGACAAAAAAAUCACUGAGAGGAACCCUGGUUGAUCUGGGUUGGGGCUCGCUUUUAUCACUUUAGUGGGUUUAAAAACAAAAGUUGUGGUAAGACUCUUAAAGGGGAGUUCCACUAUUUUAAAACCUGGGCUGUUGUACAGUCCCUCAAAGCAGAUGUAGACCACCUUCACAAGGUAAGAUUACUCCUCAUGUCUUGUUGCUUUUCAGCCAUCUUUGGUCAGAACAAAAUCAUCUUCCUCUUCUUUAAGAAAAGCUCCGACUCUGCAAGGAUAUUUUCUGAAAUUUUGACAGACUCUUAGAAAAUCAAACAGCGCCCAGAUUUAAAAUACCAGAACUUCCCUUUAAAUCAUCCUUUCUGUGCUUUCAUUUCUGGAUUUAUCACCUUUGAUUUCUUUUGUUGCUUCCUGCUCCCACUCAUGACUGAUUCACAGUAUGUGCAUUUGAAAGCAACAAACACUCUGCAGAUGUUUUGUUUUAGAUUGUUUACUCAUUCAUCAAACACACACCAAGCCCCGCCCUGUUGUAAGUCCACUUGAGUCCGUCUGAAUGUUCUCCGCUCCUGUGUCCCUUAGAAGCAGGAUGCUCAGACUCUCAUUUUGAUGAUGAGCUUUGAAGACUUGUUAAAACGUCUGUGGCGAUCUCUAUUAUGUUUACAUGUUGUUGUUUUACUUCGAUUUGUUUGUGUGUGUUUUCUUUGUGAAUGGAACUCGUUGCCUGUAGCAAUCAAACCUCCUCUGACAGGCGAGGAUAAUUACCCACCGCUCGUCCUCGUGUUGAAGCGACUCCUGCUCAUAACCUGCUGUGUUCAUAUUUAGCUGGAAGGAGGAAGGUUCAGAGAACAUCUCCACUCUGUGCACAUCCGGAUUGUCCUCUCAGAGAUACAGAAGUGUUUAGAAGUGAUGUAUCUUUGUUUUUGGUGGCAUUAGGCCUGCACAGAAAAGUUUCAGAUUAACAGACAAAGCAGUGUUAUCGUAUGCACAUUGUGCACAAAACCCUUGUCUCAUAGCGUGACAUCUGAAGGACCAAUCGACUGAUUUUCAAUCAGGUUAUAUUUCAGAGCGAGCACGGACAGAAUCAUGAUGACUUUUAGAGGUGUGUUUGGACUGAAACGCAGCAAAUCUAAGUGCUGCAGGGUUACAAAGAAAGCCGUGCAGAGACAUAUUAUGUGAGCUGAAUAUUUUCAACUCAUGCUCCUGUGCGCUGAUUUUUGCGCCCACUAUAGACAUGUUUAGGCAUUGUUUGAGACAAACAAGUGCAAUUCGGGAUGAAGUCACAGACUAUCUUUUCAAGAGCUCAAAAAGUAGCAGAUAAAUCUUUUCCUGUUUCAGCUAAGUUUGAUUGAAUUUGCUGUUUUCCCUCGGUUACCAUACAUCAAGUUAAAAGCCUGACAUGCAUCAAGAAAGGCCAACCUAAUUCCAAUGAUAAAACGAGUAAGUGUUCUUGCAGACUAAACCAACAAAGCAUGACUACACACUCCUCAAGUGUCUUCAGAUCUGUGCAUUUGCAGUUUGUCCUUUACCAAAGAUGAAACAAACAUAGAUGAAGCUUCAAGGACAGUAUAUUUCAAACAUAUUCAAAGUUUUGAGCUUGAAAGAAAAGUAUUUACAUUCGAUUCACUUUCAGUUUGAGCCUGAGUCCUUGGUGAUUUAAGAACUGAAAUUUGGCCAGAAGUUUGAAGAGUUUGCUUUGAAGUUUGAAUCAGUUUUGCUCUUAACUUGGCUUAAUGGACGUAAAUGUCAAAAAGGUUAACAAAUUAGAGCCCAAAAUCUGAGGGCAGAUGUCCCACUGCUGGCUCAGUUAGUCAGAAGUUUGUACCUACGCUCAAACUAAAAACAAGGUCACAAUUGAGUGCGAUCUCAUUAGCUGAAUUUGCGCAUUGUUGCUCCAUAAGUUGCAAAAAAAGAUGGCGCCAAACCACUAAAGAUAUCUCUUCAGAUAUUGAGAAGUUGAUGCUUCAUUUCCAAAAACUUUAAACUGCAGUCCACGUCAAAUCAAACGUACUUUACGUGCAUUGAUAUGUCCCUGCCCAAUCUUGAAUCCGCUGACUAGUAAUCUUCAGUGUCAGGGCGAGGUCCGAUCUGAUCUCUAAUCUCUCCAUGGCGCCUCACUUUGUUUCACGUCCUUAUUAAUCCCCCGCCGUCACACAAACAGAAGCUCCUGUUCCUGUUUGUUGUCUGAACCCGAGUGUGUGUGCUCAGUCUGCUCUCUACUGGUCGUCUAAUUACUGCUACAUGGUCACACACACACUCACACACUCAUGCAUAAACAUAUAGAUCAAUACGAUGCCAUCUAAUGUAGUCCCAACUGAUGGUUCAAGCACACACACACACAAAUCCUCCUGUGUGUAAAACGAUGCUCCGGCCAUCUGCUGGAGACUGAAGAAAGUGUCCGUGUCCCUCGUGGUGUCAUUAAUCUUAAAGCUAGAGUCUGUUCACCACACACACACACACACACACACACACGCGCACAUGCACACACACACACACACACACACGGCAGAGGGUCAGGUCGGCCAACUCCACCUAGACUCCCUCGGCUCCUCCGCCUUGUCCCGGCCCGGUCAGGUCGUGUUCAGCAGUUACAUUCUGUCCAACCUCCAGUUUGUGUUUACCCAUCAUGCACCUUUUUAAGUUUUGUUUUUGAUACCUUACGAAAUCUUGAUGUGGAGAAAUACAGUUAACCACAGGUAGCAAUGAUAAAAAAAACUACAAAAACAUGAGGGAGGGACAUGAAAUGAAGAAAAAUGAACCCCAAGAAACUUUUGCAAGACCUCGCAUUUUUGUUUUUAAUGCACUAAAUCAGGAUUUUGAUUUGUUCCAACCUGGGCGCCAUCAUCAGUGUCUCCUGCUCGCCUGAAAAUAACUGGUUAAAACAUCUUGAUGGAAUGAUUCUGUCCCUGCUCACCAUCAGAUACCAAAUCAGACAUGUUUGGUCAGUUUUGUCUGCAGUAAGCUUCCGUACACUCUGACUCUGAGCGUGUGGAGACAGCAGCUCUGUCUGUGAGGCACAUAGAUGAUCCAAACAUGUGACUUUGGGUAUGAAGAGGUACGAGGAGAAUACUUACACAAGCACACGCAUACACACACACAUUGCUCAUGAGAUUCAGAUGUGGUUGCGUGUGUUAAUCCUGAAUCUGUCUGAGGACAUUAAUCGACUUUUAUGGACCUGACUCCGGCAGACGAGGGCAGUAUUUUUCCGCUGUGUUUUUCGUGUUUGUCUGUAAAAAGUGAUGAAGAGGAGGAGGAGGAUUCAGCAGCGCACCGUAAAAGCUCGAGUGAGACGUUAAGAGAGAAAAAAAAAACAUCGCUAGAGUAAAACCAGUGCAAUAUCUUUUUAUUUUUUAUCGUGGUAAAAGCAUGUUGUUGUCAAUCUUACCUUACAACAAUAAUAAAGUUUUUUUAUGUA